UUUGUAUACUGGUUUAUUCCUUGUUCUAUCUCUUGAAUAAAAACUUGUUUAAUAUAAUUCUGUGUGUGUGAUAUUGUUUUGUUUUUGUUCUUUUUUUUUUUCUUCACACACUCACAAAUAUAUUAUAACUAUAUAUAAGUGUAUAUAUAUAUCAUGAUGGCUAAGGAAAAGAUUCAGAUAAAAAAGAUUGAUAAUGCAAGUGCAAGGCAAGUGACUUUUUCAAAGAGAAGAAGAGGGUUGUUUAAGAAAGCUGAAGAGCUUUCUGUACUUUGUGAUGCUGAUGUUGCUCUUAUUAUCUUCUCAUCUGCUGGCAAACUUUUUCAUUAUUCUAGUUCAAGCAUGAAAGAAAUACUUGAACGGUAUAGUCUGCAUUCGAAAAAUAUUGAAAAACUUGACCAACCAUCACUUGAGUUGCAGCUGGUUGAAGAUGCCAACUAUGCCAAAUUAAGCAAAGAAGUUGCCGAGAAAACUCUUCGAUUAAGACGGUUGAGGGGGGAGGAGCUCCAUAAUUUAAGUAUUGACGAGCUGAACCAGCUGGAGAAGUCUCUUGAAACUGGAUUGGGUCGUGUAGUUACAAAAAAGGGGGAGGUGAUCAUGAAUGAGAUUAAUUGUCUUCAGGAAAAGGGUUUACAACUGAUGGAGGAGAAUGAUCGACUUAGACAAGAAAUGAUGGAGGUAACUAAUGCUCACCGAAAACAAGUUCAUAUGGAUACCGAGGAUUUAGUUGGUGAAGAAGGCCAAACAUCAGAUUCAGUUACCAACACUUGCAGCUCUGCUGGUCCUUCACAAGACUAUGAAAGCUCCUAUACAUCUCUUAAGUUGGGGCUACCCUACACAGGCUGAUCAAUUGGAGGAGCUGGUAGGAUCCAUGAGGGAUGUAAAUGAAAGCUAAAGUUAUGAUGAUGUUGAUGCAAAUGAAUAUCUUGGAAAAUAUGUUAACCAAUUUGGAACCCUUGUAUCUCGAUGGCCCCAAUUAAUAAUGGGGAUCAUCUAAGUUGUUGAUACCAAGAUUAUGCGACCUGACCACGGUGUGAUGAUGUAUGCUGAGUUGUACUUCUAAAACCCAACUAAAUAUGUAUGUUCAAAAAAGAGAUAUGUAUGUUCAGUCCUGAUCACAUUGAUUC